CCCAAACCCAGCACACGCGAGACAGUCGACUCCCGGUUGCCACUCCGAGCGGGGGUGGUCUCGGUGACCUUGCUGGGUGAAAGUGAAGCGGAAUUAUAACAAAUACCCGCAAUAGCACUGAAUGCAUCCAUUAAAAAAGGCUACCAUGCUCCUUAGUGUGUUGUGCGUUAUAGCCGGCAUCGGUGUGGCAGAAGCGACGGUGGACCUCACGCGGGAAUCACAAGAUUGCGAGGUCCUUCAGCUUCCUCUCGGCCACCCUUUAAAGGUCUUCGAGCAGACGCUGCAGGUGGCCGUGUUCCUCCUCGACGGCAGCCUGGACGCCGCCGCCGCCGUCAUCAGCGACGCCGCCGAACACAAGUGCGUCAUCCACAUCCAGACGGACGCCGAGAACGAGACGCUGGCCGACGUCAACAUCGCGUGUUCGAACAACUCCACCGCGUCGUCGCGAAUCACCAACGCCUUCCGCCCGAAGAAGUGGACGCAGCUCUUCCUCAGCGUGGAGGACAAGGCUGAGGACGACCACCCGGACGACGCCAACGACGACCCCCACGACAUCAUGGUCAUGGUCCGCAGGGAGAACGAACGGGACUUUUUCCUCAAGAUAUUUCCGAGCGGUCUCCAGCCGCCGCUGAGGAUGCGCUGGCUCAGUUACAACAACAUGAGCGUCGUGUUCAACUGCGGCAAGGGCGAAGGAUGCCAGCUGCACAACGCCGCCCUCCACCACGGGCGUGGGCGGAGCUCGUUCUUCUACUUCCAGCCCGCCUACCCGCCUGCUGCUAUGGACAUCGACGUCAGCCUCACCCCCCGCGAGGCCCUCACCAUCCCCCUGCGUCAGGAGCUCCCCAACACGCAGGGCUGGAAGGCCGUCAAGCUCACCAGGGACAGGAAUGCUAUCAACGUGUGGGUUGACAACGAAAAGGUGAAGCAAGUGUCCACAAGAGUCACCUUCCCCGACAACGACAUCCUGGACGUGAAACUCAAAGGCUCCGGCCAGAUGAUGACCUGGUGCGACCCGCGACCUGCCUCGCAGAGCACGGAAGUCCCCACGAGCGCGCUGACGUCCACCGCCAUCUUCGACUUCCUGCCGUGGAUCCUUGCCGCCGUCUUCCUUCUGGUCUCCGUCGUGGUCACGGUGUUCCUCAUCCACAGCAGGAGGUCUCUCUCCAGGACCAAGACGGCGCUGAGGGCCCAGGAAUCCCCCGCUCCUUCGGAUAGCUCGGUCGUCCAGAUGCCUCACGACCUCCAGCUCCUGCCGAGUACGUCGUCGUCCUUGCGGUCCUUCGGCGCUCCCUCCCGCGUCCGGAACUCCGACCGCCUCUCGCAGAUCAGCUACGACAACCCGAUGCCGCACCUCAUGUAGAGGGACUGAUGCGAGGGCGGGCCGGCGCGCGCCCCUUGCCCGGGCACUUUUUCUUCCUAUUUUUGUUCUCUUUCAUCUUAAUUUCUCUUCAUUUCUUCCAUUUCUGUCGUUAUUUUCCUCUUCCUCCUUUUCAUUUUUUCCGGAAAUGUGGUUGUAAUGAUUUGUGAAAAUUAUGCACCGAUACCUGUGAUGCCAAAGAGGCAAAUGAAUAUACACGUAUAUUUCUUUUCGCGUUUACUCAUAUGCAUAUAUAUA